CCUGCAAUUUCGGAUUCGGAAAACACAAGCUACCUCGACAAGUCGAAACAGGCAGAAUAGUUUUGUGAUAUCAUGGGAUUGGCUGUUGUCGCCUGAGCUACCUACUCUAGAGCCAUGUAUAUAAGUCCGCACACGUGUUCCGUCGGCAAUACUCGAUGGUUAAGCUUUGAAGAAAAUGGACAAGCCGCAAAUAUUGAUGCUGCGCACGCCACUCAACGCACAGAACCAGAUCUUUAUAUUUGAUUCGCCAAUAGAUUACAUGGACAAGCAAUUGAUUGUGUAUCAGCGACCAGGAGUCCUACCGGGCGAUGAUGGCUAUUGCGUGGUCUUUAAACGCGACCAUUUCAUAAUCAACAGCGCGCCCAACUACCAGAGUCCCACGAAGCGAUCCUUCCUAAACGAGUGUAUACGUCAGUUAUAUCUGAUAAAUGGAUGGGUAAAUCAGCUGCACUGGGACGGGCAGUCCCUAAACAAUCGGAAGGAGUUGUGGAGGCAAGUAGAUAUAUGUCUAAGAUCUGGGCAGCGUCCUGUAAAUAGACGGGAAAGCGUGCACCGUGUCAAGCGUCAACUCUUUCGCGACGAUCGUGGAAAACGAAAGUGGAAGAAACCAAAACGCAGUUCAGCGUCUCACACGCAAAUCAUCAACUUCAGAAGCAUACGCGAUAAGAUUGGACGCCAGCACGUUCGCCGUAGCUAUCUGAAGCCAGCUCGAACCACGGUGAUUCAGCGAUUGAUCUGUGAGAACCUCCAGCGUGAGAUGCGCACUGCACCAGCUGCUGCUGCCGCCAUAAGUGCUGCUCAUGAAUUUAUCAACGCGAAUGCAGAUAUAUUAUGUAGCUAUAAACAGGAAUUAGCGCGCUCCCAACCUAUGCUGGAGUGCAAUAAUCAAACGUGCUGCCCGAGAAGGCGUCCAAAGCAUCUAGAUACGCUUUUUAUGCAUCAGCAAAUGCAACACGCUGUUCAAAAUCAUCAGCUUAUACUCGAGGAAUCGGUUCGAUCGAUGUAUUACGCCAAGGAACUUUUUCGUCUCAUGGAAGAUCAUGACAAGUUUCUGCACCCAGAAAAACAAAUUCUGGGACAAACGUAG